GUAGCAUCCCAGACGCAUCGUAUUUAAAACCGGGACUUAGAGAGUAUUUGAAGAAACCUAUCCAGUAUGACAGGGAGCACUACACAACGCCGGAGAAGAAGCAGGGCACAGGGAGCGGGGAUAAAUAAAUCUAGGGAUGCCGCAAAUGCAAGAGAAAGAACCCGGAUGAAGAUUCUCGGUAAAGCGUUUCAGAAGCUCAAGACAACGUUACCAUGGGUACCAUCUGACACAAAAUUAUCGAAGUUAGACACACUAAAGCUGGCAUUGAGAUAUAUAGAUUAUUUGAAUCAAGUACUGGACGGUGAAAUUGUGGAAACAGCCGUAACGUCAUCGCAUACAAUGAAAACCUGGCCUUCGCCAUUUGCAGCAUUUUUGUCGAAGGAAGACGGUGUUCAGGGCGACGAGAUAGACUCAGGAGACGACCAAUAUUGCGCUGCUGGGUGAAUAACCAUGGCAACGAUGACGACAAUGCAAUUCGUAUACACUCCGAAAGAAACUGAAAUGACGUCACUCGUACAAGUGACGCAGGAACACUUUCAAAAUGAGUAAAUAUUUAUGUCAGCGUUCGUUAAUCAAUAUGACCCACUCUGUAAAAUGUUUGCAUUUUUAGAAAGUCACACGAAAGAUGAAACACGUUGAUGUCCUAGUAUAUUAUUAUAUGACGAGAAAUCUUGUGAGCAAAAAUCAUUCCGUUCUGCGAGUGUCAGUGUAAUUUUCCGCUACGUAGUGUGUAAUAGAAACUUGGCAUAACACACGAAAAUCGGAAUCUGUUGCAGCUAUUUUGAAAACGGGAAUUCUAAUCUCAGUAGUCACGGUCUUUUCUACGGACAUGUUUUUAUAAUACAUAACUGGAAGACAGUGACGUCAAAUAUUACUGGUCGUUACAGUUACAUGAACUGUAAUUAAGUCUACAUAGGUGAGGAGUUCGUUGAGUCCGGGAAUUCUAAAUGUCGAUGACCAUGGUCACAUGACCCUCUACAUGUAGUACUAGUGUACACAGUCGUCAAACGAGAGGCGGGUGUACAGAAACGCGGACAUGUCGAUACAUUAUAUUCCAUGAUAUGGUCGACAAGAGGGGGGAAUUCAGUUUAUAUUUGUAUAUUUAAGAAAAUCUGUAAUUAAUCUGUAAAUAAAAUAUUUGUUUUUAAACUCA